CCGUGCAGGUGGUAUCGUUAUAUCUCCGUUUUGUACGGAUACCCAUUGUUAACAGAAGAUGAAGAUGCAGUAGCCGCCAUGGGGACGUCUCUAGGUGAAGGGAGUCACAGGUUGAGGCAUCACGGGAAACAUCACUUGUGGAGGUCAACAGCGCUGUCACAAGUGAUCAAUGCCACGUCUCCGUCCUCGACGACCACCGUGGACCGUGCGUCCGUGUGUUACGACACCAACGAGGUUCUGAUGAUCAUCGGGAUGACGUGUGUCCUCAACCUCGCCUUCAUAGUGGUAGUGAUGAGCUGCGUUCACUUCUGCAGCAGUCCCGCAGUGCCCAAGAUACCCAGACUGGAAUCCUUGAUUCUUGUAGAGAGUUCUACAUCAGAAAGUGACUUGGAGGAGAUAGACUUGCGAAAUAGUCACACCAACUUGUUAAGCUCGACUCCAGACAGUAGACGUGGUAACCUAGACUACUACACCAGAGGGUUGCCUAAAACGCAUCAGAUGGAGUUGUCCAGUUCUACGUCAUCGUCGAUGGUAUCUCUACAGACACUUGUGCCUCCUACCUUCUGUUCUACAUCACUGACCAGCUUCGGUACAAGAUUGAACAGCAGACACAGAAUUGAUCAUCCUGUCUCAUCACUCUCGAUGGAAAAUCUUCUCUUCGUAUAAACAAAAAAUAUAUGCCAACUGCUACAGGGUUAUGGAUAUAUAGAAACUACAAGAUUUUUUGUAGCAAAUAGAUACAAAUAAAAAUACAAGACUGAGGAUGGUAAAAAUAUUAUCUUACCACGCGGAAAAUUUAUUGACAACCAAAAAUAAACACCAA